CCCAAAGACCCCACUAGGGGGCACUGUUUUCUACUGGGUGGUCAUGAAGUCUGGCUCAGUAAGCCUUCAACACUUGACAGCGUAACAUCUCCAUCGCAGCACCCACCUCUGCUGUAUUUCGCUGAACAGAGAUAAACUCAGCCGUCAUCAUGCGACUUCUGUUGUCGCUGCUGUUCCUGGGAGCAACGGCAGUGACAACGCUGGCCCAGGAGAACCAGUGCACAACAAACAGAUUUCGGAGCCUGCCGCCAGCAAUGCAGAACGAGCACAUGUGUAUGAUCCUGGAGAGGAUCCAGUUUGACACCACCCAGGACCGGGUGCAGAGAGACGUGCAGAUUAAUAACCUCGUCAGCAUGGUGUCUCGUCUAGAGGGCAAGUUGUCACGUGACUUGAGCCGAAUCUCCAACAGCGUCAACCCGAAGGUCACCCGAGUCAGGGGUUUCCCAGCUCUGAGUGACAUCCCCGUAGCCAGAGACUGUAAUGAACUCAAGAUGAGUGGCAUCAACAUCAGCGGCAUCUAUCCUCUCAAGCUGCCAAACAACUUCGUCAUCAACGCCUACUGCGACAUGGAUACUACAACUGGCGGCUGGACAGUGAUACAGCGCCGUGUAGAUGGAACGGUUAACUUCACACGCAAGUGGGACGACUACGCCUUCGGAUUCGGCAACGUGAACACAGAGUUCUGGCUGGGUCUUGACAACAUCUACCACAUGACACGCAGCAUGAACUACACCCUCAGGGUGGAGAUCUGGGACUGGAACAACGACCACACCUACGCUCUUUAUGACUACUUCAUGUUGGCCCCCGAAGAUGAGUUCUACCCCUUGCACGUGUCAGGAUACGAAGGCACUGCUGGAGACUCCCUCAAGUACCACAACAAGAUGCCAUUCAGCACACCUGACAAGGACAAUGACCAAUGGUGGACAAGCUGUGCCAACAAGGAUCGGUCGGGGUGGUGGUUCAAGGCUUGUCAUUACUCGUCCUUGAAUGGUGUGUUCUAUGAGAGGGGGAAGAACAACAUCACACCUGAUGGGGUUAUCAACGGUAUCAUCUGGUACCAUCUGAAGAAUGACAGAUCUUACUCCUUAAAGAGAGCAGAAAUGAAGAUCAAACCACGUGUCGCCAUUAUGGAGGAUACAGCCAAGAAGGAAGCAGAAGAAGCAAGGUCAAAGAAGAAAAAGAGGAAGAGAAAGAAGAACCGUCAGCCACUUAACCCAUUCGAAGGACUGGACGAUGGCUCGUCUGGGGCAGUGGGCUGAAAGCCAACAGGCAGUGGUUGGUCAGUUUAAGGAGUGAAGGCAGGGGUCAAGGUCAUUUGUUGAGGUGUCGGAAUAACCAUCUCUCAUUGAAAACUACUACAAUAUGUUACCAAGAAACACUUUCAGUACAGGUUGACAAGAAUUAAAUACUUAAUUUUCAAAUAUUAAGAAAGUAAGAGCUAUCUGGAGCAGGAGAUUUAACAUUUAAUGUUAACAAUAAUUAUACAGGAAAUAAUUGCUGAAUUUUGAGGGCUGAAAAUAAUGCAGAAAAUAUUCAUUACUUUCCCUCUCAUGCAACAUUGUUAAAAUUUUGUAAAUUGACCUGUGCCUUUUCUCUUAUAAAAUACGUAUUAUGCAAGCCUGUAUUGACUAUUUUGUAGCAGAUGCUCCACAAUUAAAAUGCCUUAGCAGACUCACUGAGGAUAUCCAUUGCGAUUUAUUUCUGGAUUUAUUAUUGAGUGUUUGCAUAGAAAAUGAAGCAAUGCUGAUUUUCACAACUGAAGACAGCUGUUACCAAGUAUCUCCUGUACAGAAACAUUAAUAAACUCUUUCAGUGAA